AUGGCUAGCAGAGAACUUGUGUUAUCGUUAAUCUCCAAUUAUUUACAAAGCGAUGUGGAAUUGGCUAAAGUUUCCAAGGCAUUGGGCAAAGAGGUUUCGAAGCAGUCUAUUGAUUUACCAAGCACCGAACUUAAAUUAGAAGACUUAAUAGUUCAGUCCGGAGAAACUAAGGAGGAAAGUAGCACUGAAUCGUCUUCAUCAGAUAGUGACUCCAGCUCCUCAUCUUCAGAUAGUGACUCCAGUUCCUCAUCUUCAGAUAGUGACUCAGACUCAUCAGACGAAGACGAGCCUUCUAGUGCAACUAACUCCGAGAGUGCUCCAAAAGAGUCUGAAAAAUCAGACAGCGAUAAUUCCGAUAGUGACAACUCGGACAGCGACAACUCGGACAGCGACAACUCGGACAGCGACAACUCGGACAGUGAUAGCUCGGACAGUGAUAGCUCGGACAGUGAUAGCUCAGAUAGUGAUAGCUCAGAUAGUGAUAGCUCAGACUCAGACUCAAAUGCAAAAUCUAAAUCAGACUCAGACAGUUCAGACUCAAACAGUUCAGACUCAAAUAGUUCAGACUCAAGCAGUUCAGACUCAAGCAGUUCAGACUCAGACAGUUCAGACUCGGACAGUUCAGACUCGGAGUCGGACUCAGAAUCAGAAUCAAAAUCAAAAUCAAAAUCAAAAUCAAAAUCAAAAUCAAAAUCAGACAGUUCAGACAGUUCAGACAGCUCCGACAGCUCCGACUCCGACUCAGAUUCAGAAUCAGAUCUUAAAUCAUCUAAGAAGAGAUCAUCUGAUGAGAAAGGACAUUCGAAUAAGAAGCAAAAGUUCGAAACAUCGUCUUCUCAGACCGAAUCCUUCUCUCCAUCCCCAGUUUCUGAUGAAAUCACAAGUGCUUCCCAGGAACCUGAAUUGAAACCGGGCCAAAGAAAUCAUUUCUCCAGAAUUGACCGUAGUAAGAUUUCGUUCGAAGACAGAACCUUAGCCGAUAAUACUUAUAAAGGUGCAGCAGGAAGUUGGGGUGAAAUUGCCAAUGAAAAGUUAUUACAAGUCAGGGGUAAGGACUUCACCAAAAAUAAAAAUAAGAUGAAAAAAGGUUCAUACAGAGGUGGCUCAAUAACUUUUGCGUCUGGUUCCUACAAAUUCACCGAUUGA